UUCUGAAACGUCAACAUGAUCGUGAUGGAAUCUGCUAAUCAAAUUGUGAAUUUUCAUUGAUUUUUGUUAAAUUUACGGCGAAAUUUGUGUAUAAUAUAUAAAAAUUCAGUAUUUUGAAGUGUGACACCACCAUUCUAAUUGUUGUAAAUAUGUCGUUUGUUGGUAGUUGCUCAAAUAAAUAAAGUGGAAGAAGUUGUUGUUGGUGAUAAGUUUGUGUUGAAAAUUUGCGAAAAUGUCUUUACCUGGGAAUGGAAUCUUCGUGGUGCAGGGCGAGAUGGCAAUGCUCGUCACUGCCAUGCGACGAAGCACUCGCUGGGGCUCGCAUUCGUUCCCAAACGAAGAGUAUGACGUAUUGAUGAGAACAUUCCAAGAUCUUAAGACGAUCUUGAAUCAAGUGGAUGAUUUACGCCUCCUGGAUCCUGCGACGUAUCUGAGCCCAUUCCUGGAAGUCAUCAGGAGCAAGGAGACCACUGGCCCUGUCACCAGUUUAGCUCUCUCUGCCAUACACAAGUUUUUAUCCUAUGGCCUAAUAGACCCGACACACCCAAGUGUGCCUGCGACAGUAGAAGAUAUAGCGGACGCCGUCACCCACGCCCGGUUCGUCGGCACAGACCACUCUUCAGAUGGAGUGGUGCUGAUGAAGAUCUUACAAGUCCUACGCACACUAAUGCUGAGCCCGGAAGGCGCCAUGUUGACAGACGAGAGCGUCUGCGAAAUCAUGCUCAGCUGUUUUCGCAUAUGUUUCGAAACUCGACUCACAGAGUUGCUACGUCGGAACGCUGAACAAUGUCUUCGAGAUAUGACGCAGUUGAUCUUCAUGAGGCUGCCGCAGUUUCCGGCAGAAGACACGGGCUCCGCCAGCUUCUCUACCGUCGGCCUGUCACUCAAGAAGAGAGAGAAGACGAGCAAGAAGAAGAGUUUGACUAGUGUGAACAGCACAAAUUCUUUGGAAAGAAAGUCCUCGUUAAGCGAGCAGCCGAGUACAACGACCACUGAGCUUGAAUCAGAGAGUGACGCGAGCAAAACUGACGUCAGACAUGGCAGCCAAGACAAACACCUAAUAAACGAGGCUGAGAUCACGAUAGAACCAGUGGACGUGAAGAGUCCAGUGAAGAAACAUGGCAGACAUUCCUCCAUGGACCUGGCAGCUAAUGGCAACACCUCCAUCACACAGCUGCUGGAGAAAUGCGUCAGCCCUGACACUGCUGAUGAGAAGGAUGCUGGAGACCAGAGUGAGGAUGUCCAAGAGGCGGAGAAAGAUUCUGAAACUACAAACCCUGAACCGGAUGGCAUUGAAACCAUAGAGCCUGUAGCCCCUGAGGGUCCAGUGGACGACACGGGGGACAAACCAGGAGAGUAUGUGAACCACCGCGGCAUCAGGUUCACUCCUCAGGAUGAUGCCAACCUGCAGCCUUAUGGACUGGUCUGCGUUAGAGAGCUGUUCAGGUUCCUAAUCUCGCUCUGCAACCCACUGGACAGUCAGAACACGUCAGGCAUGGUCCACCUCGGCCUCUCCCUCGUUGGAACAGCUCUUGAAGUGUCCGCUGACCAGCUCGCGAAGUACCCAUCUCUGCUGUACCUCGUCAAAGACCCGCUCUGCAGAAACCUUUUAAGCCUGCUGAGCACGGAAAGGAUAUCAAUAUUCGCACUCGACCUUCAAGUCUCCUUCCUACUAUUCGAAGCUCUUCGCACACACCUCAAAUUUCAAAUGGAGGCGUUUUACAAGAAAAUCAUAGAAAUCAUAUCCGCAGACACGACGAAAGCUAUUUACGAGCUGAAAGAGAUCCACCAUCUUGCCUUGGAGAGCCUAGCACAAAUGUUCAGGAUACCGGGGCUCUGUGCUGAGAUAUACCUCAAUUAUGACUGCGACGUGUACUGCAUGAACGUAUUUGAAGAAUUGACAAAACUUCUAUCCAAAAACGUGGUUUCUUCUACCGCAUACAAUAUCCAUUCACUCUCUUUAGAAGCAUUGAUGACUAUCAUUGAAGCUGUGGAAAUGGGAUGUAGUCAUAAAGAAAUAAAGCAAGAAACAGAGCUACCCCCCAAUGGGGAGGAGGAGAAAGAGAAGGACGUGAGAGGCGGUCACGUGUCAUUGGAACUCGGGGGACUAGAUGAUGUGUCUGUAGUCAGUGACCAUGUGACCCAUGAUAUUAGUCAGUACUUUGGAUGUGGAAGGACAGGGAGACAUAAACCGUCCACUGAUCUACCUUCGGAAGCUGAAUUAGAUAAUAUUAAGAAUAUGAAAAAGUGGGUAACACAAGGUACAGAGUUGUUCAACCAGAAACCAGAGCGUGGUAUUGAAUUUUUACAAGAACAUGGAGUGCUAGCAACCCCGCUAGACCCACACGAAGUUGCCAUAUUUUUGAGAGAAAACCCCGACUUAGAUAAGAAAAUGAUAGGUGAAUUUAUUUGCAAACGUUCGUCUCGUGGCGAAGAUGAUGAGGGUGGCCCAUCAGUUCUGGGAGCCUUUGCAGACAGCUUCGACUACGCAGGACUGAGGAUAGACCAGGCAUUGCGAAUGUAUCUGGAGACAUUCCGAUUGCCAGGAGAAGCACCUCUCAUCUUCCUUGUCAUGGAACGUUUUGCUGAGAGGUGGCAUAGUUCCAACGGGGAACCAUUCGCGAACACAGACGCCGCCUUCCGCCUGGCAUACGCCCUUAUAAUGCUGAACAUGGACCAGCACAACCAUAAUGCUAAGAAAUUGAACGUGCCGAUGACUGUGGAAGACUUUGUGAAGAACCUCAGAGGAUGCAAUGGUUCUGGAGACUUUGAUCAGUCCAUGUUGGAGGCUGUGUUUCAUUCUAUCAAGAACGAGGAGAUGGUGAUGCCGGCGGAGCGCACGGGCCUGGUGCGCGAGGCGUACCUGUGGCGCGUGCUGCAGCGGCGCGGCGCGGCGCCGCACGCGCGGUACCGGCCCGCGCCCGCGCUGCACCCGCACCACGCACGACUCUUCGCCGUCGCCUGCCCGCCCACCGUGACCGCGCUGUCCGCCGCGUUCGAGCGGUCGAGUCCCCCCACGGCGGAGGAGCUGGCGGGCGGGCGCGCGCGGGACAGCGGCGCGCUGGUGUCGCUGCAGGGGCUGGAGCGCUGCGCGGCGCUGCUGGCGCGGCUGGCGGGCCUGCCGCCCGACGGCAUCACGCUCGACACGCUGCUGCUCACGCUCUGCAAGUUCACCGGCCUGCUGGCGCCGCAACACGCUAAUUAUAUUGCUAUUGGAGUGACACUAGGCCAGUCGAGUAAGGCCCAGCUAGCACUCCGUCGCGCAUGCGCAGUGGCAGCGCGGCACGCAGACUGUAUCCGCGACUCGUGGCGACAUCUGUUGGAGAUCGUCAAGACUCUGUAUAUUGGAAGACUGCUGCCUAAGUGCCUCGUAGAAGCAGAAGAUUACUUAGCCCCGAACGGCACGGUGUCCCUCAUCAGGGAAGCGGCGCGUGGCUCUGAAGCAGGACUACUGUCCAGUUUGUAUUCAUACAUUGCGCUUGGAGAAACAGGCAUGCGAACCCCAACACCUCACGAGAAGGUAUUGAUCGACGCGGCCAUGGAAUGCGUAGCCAAGUGCAACUUCCCAGGACUUCUCAUCACUGAAACUAAGUUCCUACAAGUCGAUAGUUUACAGGAGUUGAUCCGAGCGAUGGUGACAGUGGGCACGCCCCCGGACUCCGACAGUCUGCAGAUGAACCCUCAGCUGGAAGACAUCACCAUAUUCUUCCUCGAACUGCUCGGACAAACACUGAUACAAAACAGGGACCGCCUCCUGUGUGUGUGGGACACGGCGGCCCCGCACGUGUCGCGCACGGUGUCGUGGUCGCAGAGCGCGGGGCCGGGCGCGGGGCCGGGCGCGGCGCCGGGCGCGGGGCUGCGGCGCGCCGUCACGGCCGUGCUGCGGACGGCGGCGCGCCUCAUGCGCUGCGACGCCGCCGCGCCGCAUGUACUGCACCACCUCACGAUACUCUUCCACAUGCCCUACAAACUAUUCUAUCAGCAGGCUGAUGUUAUAUCGUGCGGCAUGUACGAGAUCGUGAAGACGUCGGCGCAGAACGUGCACAGCGCGGCGGAGUGGGACAUCGUGUUCGCGCUGCUGUGUGCCGCGGGGGCCGGCGCCUGGCCCGCCGACGCCCGGGCUACUAGUCCCGCGGCGUCAAGUCGGUCUGAGGGUUCAGAGGACGAGAGUGAGCGACGUCCCACCAGCGCGUCUUCAGAGAGUGAGCUCUCUCAUUCACCGCAGACACAAGGAUGGAUAUUGGUGAAGAACGAGACAGAAUGUACGGAAGCGUUUGACGUGGAAGGCAACGUGUCCCUGCGCGCGCACCGCGCGAGUGCGCUGGCGCGGUGCUGCGAGGCGCUGGCGCUGGUGGUGCGCGACGUGGCGCACGUCACGCCCUACAACUGCCGCGCCGCCGUGCGCGCCGUGCGGCUCUUCGCGCGAGCCACGCUGCAUACCGGGAAGAAAUCUGGAAAAUCACGAUCAGGUCACAAAUCGCGGCCGAGCUCUGGUAGAAGACGUUACGAUGACUCCUCUGAUGAGGAGGUGGAUACCCUCGACCAGUAUCAUAUGGUUAGCAUACAGCUACUGGACUUAAUGCACACACUACACAGUCGUACCGCACAGAUAUUUAAAUGGUGGAGAGACGAAGCCGACCAAGGGCAAAAUGCCGAAGAAUAUGACCUAUGGGAAGUGGCGUGGAAACCAUUAUUGCAAGGCAUCGCACAGUUCUGCACAGACAGGCGGAAACAGGUGUCGAACAGCGCGGUGGCGUACCUGCAGCGCGCGCUGCUGGUGCCGGGGCUGGCGGGCAUGGGCGGCGCGCGCUGGGAGGCCGCCUUCCACCACGUGCUGUUCCCGCUGCUGGAGCUGCUGCCGCGCCGCGCCGACGUCACGGCCCGCGCGCACACCAUCAUGUGCAAGGUAUUCCUGCAGCACCUAUCAGCGCUAAGUGCCCGUCCAUCAUUCGGCGCGCUAUGGGUGCGCGUCCUGGACCGUGCGCGGGCGCUGCUACUGCCCGAGCCAGACGACCCGCUCACGGAGGCCGCGCUAGAGUCGCUCAAGAAUAUGAUACUCGUCAUGGACUCUGUUAGAAUAUUCAGCAAUGCAGACGGAUACAACGACCUCUGGUACAUAACGUGGGACAAGAUCAACGAGUUCCUGCCCAAUUUGAAGGAAGAAUUAUUCCCACAAGUAAAAGACAACGCGAAACCAGCCGGUCUACCGAGCCACAUGCAGCCAACGUUACCACCGUCCCUGCCUACCCUCGUUCCCGUAGGACCGACCAGUACGCCCACAUUAGUACCAAUCCCAUCCCCUCCCCAAACCCAAUCCCAAAUUCCAUCACCAAUAUUGGCGCAAAAUUUGGCCCAUUCGCCAGUGAAUUUAGUUCAGACGCCGCCAUUAGUGGCCAAUGCGCCAACGUUGGUGGCUCCUACUCCAAUAAGCGGUAUGGUUCCUAUAAGGAAUCCCUUGUAUGAUCAGACUGGACUGACCUCUUCUGUACUUCUGCAGCCUUUGAAUGAGAUGAUAUCAACACCAAUUGGAAUGUCGAUGCAGGCACAAAUGCCGAUGCUAUACCCGCAGAACAUUGACCCCACACCGACGAGACCGGACCUCAUCCGCAUGGACCCCAGACCGGACCUUACGCCACAGGUCCCUACACGACAAGAAAAACCCGACAUAGACCCGGCACAACUAGACAUUACACGGCCAGACCCACAGUUAGUUAACAUUAAUUAUAAUGACAAUGUUAUAUCUGAGACUAAGAUAGAACAAAGCGAAUUAUACGCAGAUUACUUAACAAACCCAUACACUGAGACCAAGGACAUCUCCAAAGAAGCCACACUAUACGACCCAGAAGACCCAAAACCUCCAAGUACUGACUUAGCAAACACCCUAUUAUCGGUCUUAGAUAAAAAGUCCUACAGUGCAAAUGCAACCCCUAUGCAUACAGUUAAUAAAGCUCAGUUUGGCUCGAGCGACAAUGUGAGGCAAGAAUCCUCAGGGAUUUUUAACUUUUCUAGUUACUUUGGGUCCGUGAGUGAGACCAGAGGGCCUGGGUCUGAGGUUUUUGACAGUUUAAUGUCCACGCAAGAAGGAUAGCUAGACUUGUUAGACAGAGACAGAGAUAUGGGCACGUGGUUGUAGACCUGAAAUGAAACGUAGUUAGACCAGGGUAGAGUUGUAUAUGAAUUGGCUGUCUUAAGCUUAUAAAAAGGUAAUAAUAAUAAUUCUGUAUUGUCUUAUAUCGGUUCUGAGGCCUUAGUACGAGUUUCUUUUUCGU